CCACUCGUGACCUCUUAGCUGUGUACGUAACGAGAGGAGAGAUGACUGAACAGAGGUGUGAUUGUUCCGCUUGGCCCUCGACACCAGCGAGUUAACGAGGAGAAUACGGAGCGCAGUCAAGAUGUCCCACUAACGGAAUGUCGUUACAGACAGAAACGACGCUCGGUUAUUCGGGGAAUUUCGUCAGACAGACGUCGGACGUUGCUAAACGGGCAGAUAGCUAAUCUGAAUUAGCCCGUGUGUCGGUUCUUUGACAGCUCCAGCUGUUCGCACAUGACAGUCGACGUGUUAAUCAGGAACGUGAACGCCAGGUGUGAAGCAGCUCGUUAGCUGCAUUUGUUGACAGCCACGUCAGCUAACGUUAGCUUAGCGCUAUAGCCCUCCGGUCUGUCAUUUUGAGAGCACUUCUGUGCUGUUGGUUCGGUGUUGUGAGUCAUAUUAUCUAUCAAAAAGCUUCAAAGGACAAUGGCUCCGAUGGGUAUCCGGCUGUCUCCGCUCGGCGUGGCGAUGUUCUGCCUCCUCGGAGUCGGCGUCAUCUACCACCUGUACGCAGGGGUCAUCUCCAACCGCUGGGCUGCUUUCAGACAGAGGAGCAAAGUGGAUCUGAGGGACCUGCUGGCUGUCUCGGUGGAGGCUGCUGUGCUCGGUGGCACAGAGGUGAAGAAGGUGCGCCAUGAAAAUGCCCUGCAGGAGAAGUCAAAGGGCAAGACGCAGGAGGGAGCCACUGAGCUUCUGACCAUGGGAGACCUGCAGUCUCAUAGAAAGAUGUUUAACCUCAUAAGCAACACCUUCCCUGAUGUCACGGUGAACAGCGAGGAGCAUGACAAUAUGGUGGACAAGGCUGCAUCCUGGAACCGGAACAUUCCUGCCGACAUACUAGACAAGAUAGAGGGGGGCAAGGACGUCCCCCCUGAGAGCGUCACAGUGUGGAUCGACCCUCUGGAUGCUACUCAGGAAUACACAGAGAAUCUGGUGAAGUAUGUGACCACAAUGGUGUGCGUGGCUGUAGAUGGUAAACCAGUCAUCGGGGUCAUACACCAGCCGUUCACUGAUUUCACUGCCUGGGCGUUUGUAGGUCAGGGGUCAAAUAUGAGACCCCGUCCGUCCUACAGUGUCAGCCCUCCGAAGGCGAUCGUAUCACGUUCCCACUCCGGAAAAGUAAAAAGCUUUGUUCAGGAUGCUUUUGGAAACGGCACAACGAUCAUAGGAGCAGGUGGAGCAGGAUAUAAGGUCCUGUCACUUCUGGCGAUGCCUUCCAGUGAAACAGGUUCUAUGGACCAGGCAGACGUUUACAUCCACGUCACCUUUAUUAAGAAAUGGGACAUCUGCGCUGGUGCAGCACUACUCAAUGCGCUGGGUGGCCACAUGACGACGCUAAAGGGAGAGGAUAUCGACUACAGUGGAACGCCGCUCAACAAAGGAGGACUGGUGGCCAGUGUUGGUGUGGACCAUAAGGCCUUACUGGAGAGACUACCAAACUGGGAACCUGAAAAGCACUGAGACGCGCACAAAGACAGAGCCAUUGGUAGUUCGGUCAUGUUGUGGAGAGGGCAACAUGUGGCAGCGAUUGUCUAUAAGAGCGGCCUGUAACCAGGCCCGUGCCAUUUCAUCGCCGUGUGACCCCAAACAUCCGCCGAUCGGAUGGCUGGGAGUCACCGUCACGGGCCACCGAGCAGGACUGUGCAGGAACCAACAUGGCUGCCGCUGGAUACUGCAAUGGCUGACAAAAUGGCUCUAAACUCACACUCCUGGACAUGCACACAUACUUGCAGCUAGGAGAAACGGUACACACAAACACAUGCUCACAGCGAGCACCUUCAUUUUCA